AAUAGUAUCUGCAAAUUUGGACAUCAUCCUGGACAAAAUGGUUAUGGCGUUGAUAUUUUGCAACAGAACAAGAUUCUUACCGAAGUUACAUCAACAAUUAAAAAAAUGAAAGUUGGUAAUCGGUAAAGUAUGCUUCCUUUUCAAAAAGGAAUUCUUCUCUGCAAUUCGUCAUUACAGCAUCUUUACUCUGAUUUACGAGAAAGAUUCAAUACAAACAGUUCAGAAAUGUCAUAUAUAACAACAAGCCGAUUGAACCAAGAUGUUGUGGAAAAUUUGUUUUCCUAUAUACGAGCAAUAGGAGCCGCAAAUGAUAAGCCAACAGCAUUAGAUAUUCGCUACAGACUUCGCUGGUAUAUAUUAGGGAAGCAUUCUGCGGACGUUUUCACUGAAGGAAGCAAUACUGUUGCACACAAUUCCACAAUGGAUGAAACUUGUCUGACCAGUGGUAUUGACGUCGCCUCGAUGGAAGAGCCUCUCACUGAAGAUGAUGUCGAAUGUGAAAUUCUCAAUGUCACUGAUUUUCAAAACGAGUCGCUUGAUGAUUAUGAAGUAGAUGUAGAUAUUGCCACCUAUACUUUGAAUUACGUUCCUUCCUUAGAAGAACAGGCAUUAUUGCAUGAAGUUGAUACAUUGGAUGUCGUUGAUAUCAUAGAAGACGAAGGACUGAAAUACAUUGCCGGUUACGUAGCAUACAGAUUUAUGCAUAAAUAUAAAGAUUUAGGAACGUCUACUGAAAUGUUAAUUAAUCCAGAAAAUGACUGGAUUAACUACAUUUCUAGAGGACGAUUAAUUAGUCCUUCUUCCCAUUUACACGAAGUUGCGAAAGCGAUGAAUAUCGAGUUUCAGACAUUUCAUGGAACUUUUAUUCGAAAAGAUCCAUGGAUCUUUAAAACAGUUGCCGAUAAAACUCAGGAAAAAAUACAAAAUAUACAGAUUCCGCGAGAGGUAUUAUUAUGUUUAGUACGUAUUUCCACCAUGGUGUUACCUUUUUACCCUCUCUAUUCACAACUCUAUCCUUCAAUAUCCUUCCUGAGGUUCCUAUCGCUCGAUCCAAAUUUGCUUGCAACAGUUGUGGCGAAACAAUUGACGGAAAAAGAGACGGAUUUCACUUCGGGGAUGAAACAAAAUCAUAUAAUUUGGUCUGAGAUUGCGUCCAAAAUGAUUAAGGAUUCCAAUGGAAAAUACAACGUCACAGGGCAACAAUGCUCAGUGAAACUAUCAGGUUUAAAAAAAGCUUAUAAACCGAUCAAAAUAAGAAGAGUGGCAAUUGUCGCAAUUCAUGGGCAUUUUAUUCGGUAA